UCACAUGAAAAGCUGUAGUUGGUUUUCGCGACCUCUACUAAACAAAAUCGUGUGUACGACGUUGGAUAUGAAAAAACCGACCUGACGUUACGUGGCUAUCAAGCAAUGAUUUACUGAAUUUGUAUUGUUAAAUUUAUUCACCGUUUGUUUUAAAGGAAGCAGAAAUGCUUGCAGUGUUGUGUUACGUACUGGUUGUGUUGUCAACGUUGGUGGAUUCCGCCACCCUGAUAGUAGACACACCCCUGGGGAAGAUCCGAGGACUGGAGGUGACAGCCAACAACAGCAAGACCUACUGGUCCUUCCGUGGGAUUCCCUACGCCAAACCUCCGCUUGGAAAACUUCGCUUCGCUAAACCCGUGGCUUUGACUUAUCAAGAUAAAAUCAUUGACGGUACCGCCCCUGGGAAAUCCUGCAUCCAACCCCCGAUGAUACUGUCGAAAGACGUCACGUCAGAAGACUGUCUCAUCCUCAACGUAUACACCAAAUACGUGGACCUUAACAACCCCAAGAAGGUCCUCGUCUGGAUUCACGGUGGUGCCUUCCUGCUCGGCUCUUCUUCUAUCGACGCCGGCACUUUCGUCACAGAUCAUGACGUCAUUGUCGUGACGCUCAACUACCGGUUGGGGCUUCUGGGAUUUUUCAGCACUGAAGACGACGCAAGUCCUGGGAAUUACGGCCUGUGGGAUCAGGCUAUGGCUCUUAAGUGGGUCAAGUAUAACAUCGGAGCUUUCGGCGGUGACCCGGAUGAUAUCACGAUCUCAGGUGAAUCGGCUGGAGGUGAGUCUGUUUCCCUGCUGUCCCUCAGCCCAGUGACGAAAGGUUUGUUCACCAAAGCCUACUCCCAGAGUGGAGCUGCGACUACUUCGUUUGCGAAGUACGGCAACUCAAGAUCCGUGGCCCUGGAAAUCGCCAAAUCGUUUCAUUGCUCAGAUGGUCACGAGAUUAAAGGGAACACAACCUCCUCCAAGUUGAUAAUCGAUUGCCUCCGCACAAUACCGGCCGGUGCUUUUGUUCAAAUAAAUCUUUUUGAAGAAUUUCGACCGAAGAUGAAACCCCGUGCUGACGGUGAAUUCCUGCCGAGAACUCCACUCAGUCUCCUGAAAGAUACCUUUUACCUGGAGAAGAUUGGCUUCUACAACAGGACCUACGUCGUCGGUCUCAACAACAACGAAAAAACAACGGUACAACCUUUUCAUUAUGGAACACUGCAGGCAAUUUUCGAAAACGUCACGCUAAAUGACUCACAGAAAGAAAAACUUUGGCAAGACUAUCAAAAGAAAACAUACACAACCAUUAUCUCAGAUGGUUUGGAUCUCGAAACCCUCCCUAACCAUAUCUUUCAGACGGUAGUCGACUGGUAUGAAGACAGAAACACUAUUUACACGGCCAUACCUGAGAUAGUAACUGACCUACAGUUCUAUAUCCCGACCUUCCAGGUCUUGAACGCCAUCGCUAGGAGCAAGACAACGGACGCCUGGCUGCUGUACUUUAACUACUACCCUCACUACAUGAGAGGGGACUCCAGGGGGAUGGUACACGUCUUGGACCUCACCUACUGGUUCGACACCCCAGCAGACGAGCUCCAAAAAAUGCUCAGCUCCAAAACUCCUACCAACUUUGACGCCCGAGACAAAAGAGUAAAGGCGAGGUUAGCGGCCAUCAUUGCAAGCUUUGUAAAAUUUGGAAACCCAAGCCUGGCCUUACGUGACAUCAUCCCCACUGGAUGGCCGACCUAUGACCUUCUCGAUGCCCAGUAUCUGGACUUCAACGAGAACCCAACAGUACAGACACAUCUGAUGAGAGAACAACGGGAACUCUGGGAAAAAACGGUCGCCUCACUCGUAGCCAGAUCGCAACAUGGCACUCCUAAUCACAGUGAUCCUUGCAGUUAACUUAAACUUGGUCAUUUGACGCAAACGUUUUUAUCCUCUAAAUAACUGUAGCGCUUUCUUUGGGAUACACAUUAGAUGAAUUGCUCAUUCGAUUAAACUAGAGAAUAAAUGAAAGUCCUACUCGGCAAAGUUAAAAAUAUUUUUAUGAAUCAAAAUCAGUCAGUUUUCUUUUCUUAUAAAGAGUGUCUUGAGUAGACUACUAGACUUCAUUUUAUGUAAUCUUGUUUAAAACUGCUGAAGCUAUUACAAAUUUUGACAAUCAAAAUAAAUAUUUAAUAAAAAAACAAGCUACUGAAAAACUAUAUAUAUUAAAAAUCGUUAAGCUUCUGCUUAGACU